AUGCGCCCCGGAACCCUGACCCUUUUGGCCGCCUGCGCCCUCGGAGGUCUCGAGCUUGUCGCGGCUCAAGAACGAGAGGUCACCAACGUGGAGCGCCCGCGUUUCUACUUCCCCCGCGAGGUGAAGCGUCAUGUCAAGAAGGGCACCCACAAGGUCGACCCCGAGACCGACCAGGCCUCGGAUGAGAAUGAGAAUCAGACUCGCAGUGAGGGAGGACUUUUUGGCGCCGUCGACAACAUCGCUUCCAAGCUUUCUAACGUCGCGGGUGGUGAAAGUGACGCCAACGCCAACGCCAACGCCAACGCCAACGCCAACGCCAACUCCAACUCCAACUCCAACAACGCCCAAUCUGCGAACCCGACCCAGUCUGGCAAGGAGAUUGUGGUUGUGAUCACGGAAAAUGGCGAUGGAAGCCGUGUUACUAACACCAUCACUCGCGAUGUUGCGGCGCCCACCACCACCACCUCGUCCACCGUGACCACCAAGAGCGAGGCUCCCACCACGGACAACACCAGCAAGAAGGUCGCCGAAUCGAACACCGAUGCCGCUACCACCGCGAACAGCAGCUCUGAAAACGAUUCGACUCAGAACUCCGACACCAAGAAGGCUAGCGCGACUGACUCGACCACUCCCACUACCACCAAGUCGGCUGCCGCCUCGUCUUCCUCUUCGUCCGGCAACCUCCUUGGUGAUGCUAUCGGUGCCGUUGGCAGCGUUGCCAAUGGCGCCGUUGAUGACCUUGGCCUUGGUGGUAGCACCACUUCCUCCGCCUCGAGCGCUGCUGGUACUGCCAGUGGCGCUGCUUCCAACACCGCCGCCCCGUCUUCCUCUUCGUCCGGCAACCUCCUUGGUGAUGCUGUCGGUGCCGUUGGCAGCGUUGCCAACGGCGCCGUUGAUGGCCUUGGCCUUGGUGGUAGCACCACUUCUUCCGCCUCGAGCGCUGCUGGUACUGCCAGUGGUGCUGCUUCCAACACCGCCGCCCCGUCUUCCUCUUCGUCCGGCAACCUCCUUGGUGAUGCUGUCGGUGCCGUUGGCAGCGUUGCUAGCGGCGCCGUUGAUGGCCUUGGCCUUGGUGGUAGCACCACUUCCUCCGCCUCGAGCGCUGCUGGUACUGCCAGUGGUGCCGAUGGAACUUCCAGUGGUAACUCGAAGACCGCGACCACGUCUUCUGCGGAUAACUGGUUCGACAGCUUGCUUGACGGUUUCGCCGGUGACAGCACUACUAGCGCUUCUUCUGCCUCUCGCACCGGCGAGGCUUCUGCGAGCACUGUCCCCGUCAACGUUCCCAACUCCGCCUCUGCCUCUGCAACUCCGACCCCAAGCGCAAACUCUUCUGGUGGCCUCCUCGGACUCGAUCCCAUUAUCAGCCCUGUUGCCUCCGGACUCGGCAGUCUGCUCAAUGGCACUACCAAUGGCACUUCCAGCGAGAUCAACAGCGUUGCCAGUGGUAGCCUUCCUACUCCCUCUGGCGGUCUGAUCCCUCACCCGCCCUCUGCUGGUCCCAGUGGCACUCCCACUGCUUCUGCCAGUGGUGCCCCGGGCAGCGGUACUGUUACUCCUGGCGCAUCCAACUCUAUCGGCUCCAUCCCGACUCCUCACUCGCCUGGCUCUGACAGUGCUUCGGGCAAACCCACUGGCUCUGGAUCCGUUUCGGGUGUCCCUACUCCUACUGGCGGUUCUGGUUCUCACGAGUCGACUACGGUCACUCCUACUUCCACCGCGACACCCACGCCUGUCGAGACCAGCACUCCGGUCGAGACCCAAACUGAGACCCCCAAGCCCACUGAGACUCCCACCGAGACCAGCAACACGAACAACUGGAUGCCCUCCACCAUUCUUGUUCAGCCUACCGUCACCCCGUCUGAGACCGAGACUCACACUGGCACCCACACCCAGCAGACCAGCGGCCCGACCUCGCUUCCUGGCUCGAUCACCCCGUCGAACGCUGCCUCUGAGGCCCCUGCCGACUCCGUUCUCCUCCAGCUUGGUUUCGAUAGCCACCUGCCUUGGUCCUUCGUGGCGACUACUCCUCUGUCUUCUUCGCAGAUCUUCGAAUGGAUUCCCGCUGCCGUGAAGGGCUCCGUGCCCAACACCAAGAUGUCCAUGUUCGCCCUGGAGCCUUACUACUCCUGGAAGACCACUGGUUACAACGCCACUCUCGCCAUCUUCUGGUUCCCCCGCGAGAAGGUCGAGGCCCUCAAGUCCCUGAAGCUCAACCCCAACUCGGCUCUGUACCAACAACAGAACGAGGCCGCCAAGACCAUCAUGUCCAUGAUCGACCCGUCUAUCCCCAUCGAGUUCAACGGCAACUACCCCACCGGUGACUCCGACUCUACCACUGGCACCGACGGUGGUGACAAUGGCAAUAACGGCAAUGGCGGCGAUGACUACAACGGUGACGCCGGUUCCUCUAGCAGCUCCAAGACCAAGGCCAGCUCCGUCGGCAUUGGUGUCGGUGUCUGCGCCGGUGCCGCCGCCUAUGGUGCUGGUAUGUUCUGGGUCGCCCGCCGCUACCGUAAGAGAAAGCAGCUGCACCAGCGCACCAGCUCUACUGCCGAGCAGAUGAGCCAGGGCUCCGGUGCCGGCUCUCUCUUCGCUGCCGGUGCCCGCAUGUCUGGUAGCCAGCGCACUGGCCGCUCCCAGAUGAUCAGUGCUCCCGUUAUGGCCGAGAACUCGCUGGGCUGGAACUAG